UCUGUAAAUUAGGGCUUGCUUUAGCAUUCCCAUCGUCGCCGCCCCGCUCUUAUCGCCAUGAAGGUAAACCCUAGAGUUUCGAGCUCCCGUCGCAAGUCCCGGAAGGCUCACUUUACCGCUCCCUCUAGCGUCCGGCGGAAGCUGAUGAGCGCGCCACUGUCAUCCGAUCUUCGUGGAAAGUACAGCGUAAGGUCAAUUCCCGUGAGGAAGGACGAUGAGGUACAGGUGGUGCGUGGAACCUACAAAGGCCGAGAGGGAAAGAUCGUCCAGGUCUACCGCAAGAAAUGGGUGAUUCACAUUGAGCGAAUCACACGCGAGAAGGUUAAUGGAUCUACAGUCAACGUCGGCAUCGACCCCUCGAAGGUCGUCAUUACAAAGCUUAAGCUCGACAAGGAUCGAAAGUCUCUCCUUGACAGGAAGGCUCGCGGUCGCGCUGCUGACAAGGCCAAGGGAAAGUUCUCGGCUGAAGAGGUGGCCGCUGGCGCUGCUCCAUCGCUCCAGGAUAUUGAUUAACUUUAUUAGAAGGAAUUUCUACCUUGCCGAUGUCUCCCAUUUUAGUUUCGGUAUUUUCCAUUAAUGUUUUUGGAUAAUUACAAGAUUGCGCUCUUUGUUUUCAUUAUGUUGUUGAAUAAGCUCUGUAGUUUAAAUGUUUUCCCUUAUGGUUUUUGCUGUUAUAUUAGCUGAUUUGAACCGAUCUAUAUAUGGCGUUUUUUUUUUU